ACGCUGAUCACGUGAUAGGCUGUCAUGGUUUACUUUCUGUUUGAAGGAGAUACUUAGUAAAAAUGAUGGAUUUUAUGGAUGUUAGGGAAAAAGAGGAUGCCCUGAUUAAGAAAAGUUCUACUAUUCUCAUUCGACAUUUACCGUCUGAGCUAACAUAUGAUGAAAAGGAAGAACUUUUAAAAUACGUGGGUGCUGUUUCCGUACGGUUGUUUUCUGAUAAGGGAAGACUGAAACAUACUGCAUUUGCUACAUUUGAAAAUGAAGAUGCUGCUGCAAAGGCAUUAUGCAGACUGCAUCAGUUGCACAUCCUUGGUUGCACUUUGAAAGCUGAAUUUGCAAGAAGGCCAGAAGACCGAGUUCCAUUAUCAGAUUGUCCUUCAACAUCUGACAAAAGAUGCCUGGCAGCUAAAGAAAAAGAAGGUGAAAAAGAAGCAAAAGAAACAUGUGUUCCGUUGAUAGAAAAUGGAAUUGCUCCAAGUCACAGAUUAACUUUUCCAAUGAAUCCUCGUCUGAAGUAUCAUUAUCCACCACCUACUAAUAUGAUUUUGACCAAUAUAGCAAAUGCUUUGGCAGGUGUACCAAAGUUUUAUGUACAGGUGCUGCAUCUCAUGAACAAAAUGAAUCUUCCUGCACCGUUUGGACUUGUCACUGCAUGCCCACCAGUGGAGUUUGUUCCAGAGCCUCCUCCUCCAAUACCACCUAUGCCUCCUGAACAUCCGCCUUUGCCUUUAGAAGAAGAAGAAAUGGAAGUCUCUAGUGAAGCAGAAUCGGAGUAUGAAAGUGGUGACGAAGAAGAAAAAGAAAGAGUGGCACGUAUAAUGGAAAUGGCCAAUUUACCAGCAAAACUACCAUUAUCCAAAAAACAGCCUCGAAAGAGAAAGCGACCAAAGAUAAAAGAUUUGCUGACUGUGCCAAAACCACCUUCACAAAGCAGUACACAUACGGUGCUGACACCUUCAGAUGUAUUUGAACAACCACAGCCUCAAGGCCCAAGGAAAAUUGAAUUUCAUAUUCCUGCUGAUGUUCCAGUGUUACUUGAAAGACAGGAAGAUGGGAAAAAUGUAUUGCAUUUUAUGUUUAAAGCUGAUAAGACCAUCCCUGAACCAAAUGAAUGUUCUGGAUUUGGAAAAAUUUACCCAACACCCAUUUCAGAUGACAAGUGCAUUGAGGAAGAAGAGGAUGACCUCCCGUCAGAAUUUAUUUCAAGAAGAGAACUGGAAAAAGGCAAAAUUUCAAAACAAGAAAUGGAAUCUUCAUCAUUGUUUAAGAAUUAUGAAGCAGGCGAUCCCACAUGUAGACUUUAUGUAAAGAAUGUGGCCAAGCAAACUCAAGAAAAGGACUUGAAGUUCAUAUUUGGAAGAUAUGUUGACUUUUCAUCAGAGACAGAAAAGAAUAUGUUUGACAUACGCUUGAUGAAAGAAGGUCGAAUGAAAGGUCAAGCUUUUAUUGGGCUUCCUAAUGAAAAGGCAGCAGCCAAAGCUGUAAAAGAAGUAAACGGAUAUGUCCUACAUGAAAGACCAAUGGUGGUUCAAUUUGCCCGGUCUGCCAGGCCAAAAUCAGAUUCAUCUGAGACUAAGAAGCGAAAAUAACUGUGGUAAGG